AUGGAUAUUUCCGAAACUGAGGCAGCACAACUAUCAAAUUCAGAGAAGGCUCGGCUUAUAAGGACAGAUGCUGUAACCUGUUCACGGUACUUCGAUUAUCGUUUCCGACAAAUGGUUAAGCUACUCAAAGAUAAAAUAUUUGAGCCACAUGUGCUUAUUCAUUAUUACUGGAGGAUUGAGUUCCAACACAGAGGUAGUCCUCACUGUCAUGGAAUGUACUGGAUAAGUAACGCACCUACUCUGGAGACAGAAGGUGUUAUAAAUAUUGACCCCAUUGUGGAAUUUGUCGACCAAUUUAUAACAACAGAUGGAAGCAAUCCAGAGGUGCAGCAAUUUAUUGACUACCAAAGACAUAGUCAUGGUCGGGCUUGCUUGAGAGAUAUAAGAGACCUUCAGUUAAUAAUAGUGGACGAAAUUUCAAUGGUCGGUGCCAAAAUAUUUGGAUAUUUAGAUGCCCGUUUAAAACAAAUAUUUCGCUCUAGCGAGUAUUUUGGAGGUAUACCAUUAAUUGUUUUUGGCGACUUAAAGCAACUCUCGCCAGUAGGAGACACAUGGAUUUUCUCACCAAACCAAUUGGAUCCAUAUAGCGCAAUUACUGGCACACCACUUUGGGAUUUGUUCCGUUUCUUCGAACUCACCGAAAUAAUGCGCCAAAGAAAAGAUCAGGCAUUUGCCGUUGCUCUCAACAACAUGUCCGAAGGAAAUAUGACAUCUGAUGAUAUCGAGCUCAUUAAAGCAAGAGAAACCAAUUUUAACGAGAUACCCAACGACUGUAUUCAUCUUUUUUAUUCCAACGCGGAUGUAUCUCUAUAUAGUACUGCAAGAUUGGCUAAAAUCGCCACAGAAGAGUUUAUCUCUACAGCGAAAGACAGUGUGAAGGCGAACUCUCUUUCGGAGCGAAGUAAAACGGUUAUAUUGGAUGCCAUAAAGAAUUUUAAAAUAUCGGAGACACAAGGAAUGUGCUACGGUUUACAACUGAAAACCUCUGCAAAAUACAUGAUUAUGGUCAACAUUAAUAUUGCAGAUGGUUUGUAA